AUGUCCAGCGACGACGAGGGUGCCGCCGCUGCGAAGCCCCCAAAGACUCGCACCACACGCACUGCGGGUAGUGGCUCGGACUCAGAUUCAGAUUCGGAUGAGGACGCGAGCGAGGAUGAGAGCGAGAACAGUGAGGAGGAGCAGGCCGGCGCGACGAAAAAGCGCUCGCGCUUCCUGCGCACGGAGAGCGACGAUGAGGAGAGCGACGAGGACGUGAAGAGGGUGGUGAAGAGCGCGCGCGAUAAGCGGCUCGACGAGAUGGAGGCGUGCGGGAAGACGAUGGACAAUGCGCUCAAGAUCAACGACUGGGUGGCAAUCUCGAAUGAAUUCGACAAGCUCGUGCGCAUGGUGCAGCGGCAGCAGAACGUCGCGGAGCCCGUCCCUCCGUUCUACAUACGCACGCUCAUAAAUCUGGAGAGCUCACUCAACAAUGCGGUCGCGAAGGAGAAGGAGUCGAAGAAGAAGAUGAAUGCGACCAACGCGCGCGGACUCAACGGCAUGAAGCAGAAGGUGAAGAAAGUAAUGAAGGAGUAUGAGACCGAGAUCAAGCGCUUACAGUCGGAUCCGGAUGCAUUUGAGCGCGAGUAUCAAGCAGCGGUCGCUCCUGCCGAGGCUGCAGCCGCGCCGAAAGCGAAAAAGGCGAAGAAGCCCACGGCGGAGAGUGACGAAGAGGAGGAUGUGGAUGCAUUUACGACCGUGGGCAAGGGCGGCAAGACCAUGCAAUUCACGGCGGAUAGCAUCUUCAAGAACCUGCAGAUGGUGCAGGAGGCCCGUGGAAAAAAGAACACCGACAGGCAGGAGCAAAUCCGCAUUCUGGAAAAGCUUCUGGACGUUGCAGUCACGGCGUACCAACGCAUCCGUGUGCUGCUCACACUCGUAUCUGCGCGCUUCGACUACAACUCGUCCGUCUCGACUCACAUGCCGGCCGACCUGUGGGUAUCCGCCCAGCGCGAGGUGGAUCAGCUCAUCGCUAUCGUGUUGAAGGAGCCGGGAUACUCUAUUCAGGAGAUAACGGAGGACUACGACGAGCUUGCGGAGCGCUCGCCAGAGACGGAGAAGGACGGCGUCGUGCGCAUCCGCGGGAGCAUCAUCAGCUUCGUCGACCGCCUAGACGACGAGUUCACAAAGAGCUUGCAGAACAUCGAUCCGCACGGGACGGAGUAUGUCGACCGGCUGAAGGACGAGAAGGAUCUGUACUGCACGAUCUGCCGCUCGCAGGCGCUGUAUGAGCAGCUGAAGCAGGAGGACCCGCUCGGUCGUGUAAUCAUGCGCCGGUUGGAGCACAUCUACUCGAAGCCUGAUCCCGUUGUUCAUGCACUCGAAUCUACUGUCGCGGUGUCAGACAUCAAGCCGUCCAUUGUCGUCUCUAGUGACGGCGAGACGUCGUCCCUCAUCCACUCCCUCUGUGUCCACCUCUACAAGUCCAGCAACUCGUUCCUCCGUACGCGUGCCAUGCUCUCCCAUAUAUAUCACUAUGCCCUCCACAACGACUUCCACACCGCGCGGGACAUGCUCCUGAUGUCGCAUCUUCAAGAGUCGAUUUACUCUGCUGAUGUUGCGACACAGAUCCUCUACAACCGCACCGUUGUACAGCUCGGUCUGAGCGCUUUCCGAUGCGGUCUGAUCAAGGAGGCACAGGCGACGUUACAGGACAUCUUUGCCACACAGCGGGUGAAGGAGCUCCUGGCGCAGGGCGUGCACCAGCAGCGCUACCAGGUUCUCUCGCCAGAGCAAGAGAAGGCGGAGCGCCAGCGUCAGCUGCCAUUCCACAUGCACAUCAACACGGAGUUGCUUGAGGCAGCAUUCCUCGUAUCAAGCAUGCUCGUCGAGAUCCCCCUCCUUGCGAGCAUCGACAACGAGGAGCAGAAGCGCAAGGCGAUCUCAAAGCCGUUCAGGCGCCUGCUCGACUUUGCCGACCGCCAGGUGUUCACGGGCCCGCCCGAGAGCACGCGCGACCACAUCAUGCAGGCGAGCAAGGCGCUGCAGAACGGUGAGUGGGAGAAGUGCCGCGACCUCAUCCAGAGCAUCAAGAUCUGGAGCUUGAUGCCGGAGUGCACCUCGGUCAAGGAGAUGCUCGCCAAGCGGAUACAGGAGGAGGGCCUGCGCACGUAUCUUUUCACGUAUGCGCCCCAUUACACCACACUGUCCCUUUCUCUUCUCUCGCGGACGUUCUCGCUGCCCUUGCGCGCCGUGACCUCCAUCGUCUCGAAGAUGAUCUGGAGCGAGGAGCUAUCCGCGUCGCUCGACCAGCAGGCGGGCGUUCUCAUCUUCUACCGUAUCGAGCUGUCGCGCACACAACAGCUCGCCCAAGUGCUCGCCGACAAGGUGAACAGUCUGGUCGAGCAGAAUGAAAAGGCGCUUGAUGUCAAGCUUGGCCCGACCGCGUCGUGGAACGACCGGGCUGACGGUGGCAAGGGCGAGAAGCGUGGCGAACAGACGGCAGAGCGGCGACGCGGUGGUGACCGGAGGGGUGGUGCUCGUGGUGGCUCGCGAGGCCGUGGGUCAAGGUUUGCCCAGGGUCUUGGGAAUCAGAUGGCGGGCACUCAGAGGACUCGGUGAUCGCUUCCGUAUUUUUGCUAUUUACGUUUUGUCACGGUUCUGUUUUUCUGUAUCCAUGUCAUGAUGUCUGAGAAAGUGUAUGCGAACACGGCUGUAUGUUCUUCA